GGCGGCGCAGGGGGAGGCGGCGGCGGCGGCUGCAGCAGCAGCAGCAGCAGCAGGAGCAGCAGCAGCAUCCAGAGCUGGCCGCGGCCGCCGGCGCGCCCCGUGCACAAAGGCGCGCGGCCCCCGGGGAGGGCGAUGAGCGCCCCCCGGCCCCGGCCCGGGCCCCAGUUCCAGCCGCCGCGGCGUGCGCCCAGGGCGCGGGGGCACAGGCGGGACGCGCGGGGGGCGGGCGACCGAGGCGCGGCCCGUGCGCCCUGAACCCGGGACUCGCCGCCCUCGGGGGGGUGCGCUGAGCUGCCCCCGCGGCGGAUCCGACCUCCGGCGCUCCCCCCCCCCCUCCCACCACCCCGCCACCGCGCCCGGGCGCCAACUUCCCCAAGAACGCUCCAACUCCGGACCCGCCCGCGUCGCCGAGGGGGCGCUGCCGCCGGGCACCCGUGGCGAGGACGCGCCCCUGGCCCGGAGCUGCGAGCCCGCAUCUGCCCGGCCGCCCGGCCGCCCGCCGCAGACGUCGCUCCCCCACCAGAGCCCGGGAACUGCCCGCGCUGGCCGUCCCUCCCGGCGGGCUCUGGCCCCGGUGCAUGGAGCUUCGGCCCUGGCUGGGCCCCGGGAGGCGGGCAGCGCAGACGGCGCAGCGGCGACCCGGCCCGACACGCUCCCCGCAGGUAGCGGGCGCGGUGGCGCCCCGGGGCGGGCCUGAGCCAUGGGCCAGAAGCUCUCGGGGAGCCUCAAGUCGGCGGAGGUGCGGGAGCCCGCGCUGCGGCCGGCCAAGCGGGAGCUGCGGGGCGCCGAGGCGGGCCGGCCGGCGCGGCUGGACCAGCUGCUGGACAUGCCGGCCGCCGGGCCCGCCGUGCAGCUGCGGCACGCGUGGAACCCCGAGGACCGCUCGCUCAACGUCUUCGUCAAGGAGGACGACCGGCUGACCUUCCACCGGCACCCGGUGGCCCAGAGCACCGACGGCAUCCGCGGCAAGGUGGGCCACGCGCGCGGCCUGCACGCCUGGCAGAUCCACUGGCCCGCCCGGCAGCGCGGCACCCACGCCGUGGUGGGCGUGGCCACGGCGCGCGCGCCGCUGCACUCCGUGGGCUACACGGCGCUGGUGGGCAGCGACUGCGAGUCGUGGGGCUGGGACCUGGGCCGCAGCCGCCUCUACCACGACGGCAAGAACCGGCCCGGCGUGGCCUACCCGGCCUUCCUGGGCCCCGAGGAGGCCUUCUCGCUGCCCGACUCGCUCCUGGUGGUGCUGGACAUGGACGAGGGCACGCUCAGCUUCGUGGUGGACGGCCAGUACCUGGGCGUGGCCUUCCGCGGCCUCAAGGGCAAGAAGCUCUACCCGGUGGUGAGCGCCGUGUGGGGCCACUGCGAAGUCACCAUGCGCUACAUCAACGGCCUGGACCCUGAGCCCCUCCCGCUGAUGGACCUGUGCCGGAGAUCCAUUCGCCUGGCCCUGGGCCGCCAGCGCCUGCGCGACAUCAGCACCCUGCCCCUGCCGCAGUCGCUCAAGAACUACCUGCAGUACCAGUGAGUGGCGCGAGGGGGCGCGGCGGGCGCCCUGCAGGAGGAGUCCAGGCGGCCACCCCCGGGGACGCCCAGCAGGGGGCGCCCUCCUCUCCGCCGUUCCCCCGGGAUGGACGGUCACUCACUCCCCGGCCGGGCCAGCGGCCUCUCUUGGUCUUCCCACGCCCCCACCCCACCCCACCCCCUCCACGACAGCAGUUUCUCUGCCUCGUAAGCCAGAAGAGCCCGAAGCCGCUCCGUCCCCGGCAUCGAUCCGAGCGCCUGCUUCCUUUCUUCUCAAAAAAUGAAUAAAACAUGGACACUCGCUUGGCGUGGCCCCGGUGUAGACAGCCGGGGCAGCGCCGGUCAGCCGGCCGGCUCAGGGAGAAAAUUGCCUCUGAAUAAUGGAUGAUGGGAGCAGCUGACGCGGGCACCCCCCCUCCCCCCCAACCAGCGCCCCACUGGCCCCAGGAUUGACAUGACGCUUUCCAGACUUUGUGCCUCCUUAAGAGACUGGGACCCACCGGGCAUACCGGCCAGCAGCCCAGUCGCCCCGUGGGCAUCCUCGGUCCCCCUGCCCUCCUUCCCCACGGC